GCGGAGGGGAGAGUCGCAGGGCAUCGAGCCCCGCCGUCGCCUCGACGGUGGUUGGCGUUUCAGGGGAGAGUCACACGAGAGGGAGGAGGAGGAGGAGGAGAAGAAGAAGAAGAAGAAGAAGGAAAGCAGCCCUUUUCUCUGCCUCUCUUUCCCUCCGCGGGCUCAACUCUCAGCAAGAGAAGCUCAUACAGGGGGGGAAAGCGGGGUGACGUCGGGGAGAAGGAAAGGGGGCGACGGGUGCGGAGCCCGGAGGGCGACCGGCUAAGCCUCCCUUCUUCUCCUCCCUUCUUUUCCCCACACCCCCCCAGCUGACAACAUGGCUGCGGCCGCUAACGCUGCCCAGGACGAGCUGAAUCAGCUUGAGCGUGUCUUUUUACGGCUUGGCCAUGCAGAAACGGAUGAGCAGUUGCAGAAUAUUAUAUCCAAAUUCCUACCGCCUGUUCUUCUGAAGCUUUCCAGUACACAGGAAGGAGUACGUAAGAAGGUUAUGGAAUUGCUUGUUCACCUGAACAAACGUAUCAAAAGUCGCCCCAAAAUCCAGCUGCCGGUGGAGACUUUGCUGGUCCAGUACCAGGAUCCUUCCGCAGUGUCCUUUGUUACAAAUUUCACCAUAAUAUACGUUAAGAUGGGUUACCCUCGUUUGCCUGUGGAAAAGCAAUGUGAGCUUGCUCCCACACUCCUUACUGCAAUGGAAGGAAAACCUCAACCCCAACAAGACAGCCUAAUGCACCUUCUAAUACCAACCCUUUUUCACAUGAAAUACCCUGUUGAACCUCUGAAAGCAGCUUCUCCGUUUAAUCUUGCCGAGAAACCAAAGACUGUGCAGCUGCUCUUGGAUUUUAUGUUAGAUGUCCUCCUUAUGCCUUAUGGAUACGUGUUGAAUGAAUCCCAGAGUCGCCAAAGUGUCCCAGCUGGACAGGGCUCUUCUUCAUCAAGUGGUUCCGGAGGUUCUGGGAUCCCUCAGCCUCCUCCAGGAAUGAGCUUUUACGCGGCUAAGCGGGUAAUUGGGGACAGCCCAUGGACGCCGGAACAGCUGGAACAGUGUAAACUGGGCAUUGUGAAGUUCAUCGAAGCUGAGCAGGUGCCUGAACUUGAAGCUAUCAUACACCUAGUCAUCGCCUCCAGUGACACAAGGCACAGUGUAGCCACUGCAGCAGACCUUGAACUCAAAAGCAAGCAAAGUUUGAUUGACUGGAACAAUCCAGCCAUCAUCAACAGGAUGUAUAAAGUGUACCUUGGGGACAUACCACUAAAAACCAAGGAGGGAGCUGUUCUGAAACCUGAAUUGAAACGUGAUCCAGUCAGCACACGGGUAAAAUUAAAGAUAGUCCCUCAUCUUUUGCGCUCCAGGCAAGCUGCAGAAACGUUUCCUGCAAAUAUUCAGGUGGUCUACGAUGGACUUUUUGGUGCAAAUACCAAUGCAAAACUGAGAACCCUGUCUCUUCAAUUUGUGCAUCAUAUUUGUGUAAUUUGCCCGGAUGGUAAGAUAAAGCCACUGGGCCCAAUGCUCCUGAAUGGAUUGACAAAACUGAUUAAUGAGUAUAAAGAGGACCCCAAAUUGUUGUCAAUGGCCUAUUCAGCUGUUGGAAAACUUUCCAGCCGAAUACCUCAGCUGUUCACCAAGGACCUGGCACUAGUCCAACAGUUUUUUGAGGCUCUUUCUAAGGAAGAUCCUGACACCAGACUUGCUAUUCAAGAGGCUUUGUCCAUGAUGGUUGGGGCCUACACAAAUCUAGAAGGAGCCCCGCGUACUCUUAUGGAGGCCCUUGUGGCCUCAAACCUAAUUAAGCCUCAAGUCCAAGUACGUCAGGUGGCUGUAAAGUUUGCCAGCACGGUGUUUCCUUCAGAUCACAUUCCUUCAAGAUACUUACUUCUUUUAGCUGCAGGAGACCCACGGGAAGAGGUACAUGGAGAGGCACAACGCGCGCUGAGGACGAUUCCCGGCAAAAAUGAAAAGGAGAGCGGUGGUAAACAGAUGCCUUCCUUCCCAGAAAUGGUCCAGUAUAUUCAAGAGAAGGCUUCUCACAGAAUGAAAACACCUGCUAAAUAUAUGACAGGGACUACAGUCAUGCCUUUCAACCCAGCUGCUUUCGGAGAGAUCGUCCUGUACCUCCGAAUGUGUCUUGCUCACAGUUCUGGUGUGGUGCCCACCUCUCAGAGCUUAGCCGAAAUGCAGGAUCAUGCUCCAGCUAUUGGCCGUUACAUUAGAAACCUCCUCUCUGGACAUGUCAUAACAUCCUCUUCCUCAAAGGGAGGUGAAAGCAACCCUGUGCAGAUCUAUAUAAGCCUUCUUCAGCAACUGCUGUCUGGUGUUGGAGCGACACCGGAAGUGGCAUCACUUCCAGUAUCGCGGGAUUUUGGCAGCUGUGCCGCUCACUCCUCCAUCUUUCCUGCUUUCUGGUUCUGUUUGGGUUUGCCAGUGAUGUACUGCCUGUUGGAGGUUGUUUCUGUCUAUCCUGAAAAACUAGCUGCAAGAUUUGUAGACAAAAUGGAUUGGAUAAAGAGCCUUAUGAAUACCAAUAAGGAAGAGAUGCGGGAGCUGGCUGCUCUGUUUUAUUCAGUAGUAUUGUCGACAGUGUCAGAAAAUGAAUUUAAAACAUCAGUUCAGCACCUGAUAAAAACAGCAAAAGACAAUCAUAAUCUGGAAAUGCAACAUGGAUCCUUGUUGGCUCUGGGAUUUACAGUUGGACGGUAUUUGUCAAAGAGAAAAAUGAGGAUGGUGGAACUGCAUGACUUGGAAGAUCCAAAUACCAUUGUUGCCCCAGAACAAGACCAGUUGAUAAAGUCAACGACAGAAACGAUCGGUUCUUUUCUGGAUAGUACCUCACCCCUCUUGGCAGUAGCUGCUUGUACAGCACUGGGGGAAAUAGGCAGGAAUGCGCCUCUGCCCAUCCCGAAUGAAGGGACUGGAUUUACAAAGCUUCAUCUUGUUGAAAGUUUGCUAGCCAGAAUUCCCUCAGGCAAGGAAACUAAUAAGAUGAAGGAACGAGCUAUACAAACACUGGGCUACUUUCCAGUAGGGGAUGGUAACUUCCCCCACCAGAAGCUACUCUUACAAGGAUUGAUGGAUUCUGUAGAGGCCAAGCAAAUUGAACUGCAGUUUACUGUUGGUGAAGCUAUUACCAGUGCUGCGAUAGGAACUAGCUCUGUAGCUGCCCGGGAUGCGUGGAUGGUAGCUGAAGAAGAAUAUACUCCUCCCGCUGAUGUGAAAGUUAAUGACGUGGUUCCCUGGGUCUUGGAUGUCAUUUUGAAUAAGCACAUUGUCAGCCCCAACCCUCACAUAAGACAAGCAUCCUGCAUCUGGCUUUUAUCAUUGGUGAAGAAGCUCAGCACCCACAAAGAAAUUAAGUCUCACCUCAAAGAAAUCCAAACUGCAUUUGUAACUACUCUAUCCGACAGUGAUGAACUCAGUCAAGAUGUUGCUUCCAAAGGCCUCGGUUUGGUGUAUGAGCUUGGGAGUGAGCAAGACCAGCAGGAGCUGGUUACUACUCUUGUGGAAACUCUUAUGACUGGCAGAAGAGCCAGGCAUGAAGUGACUGGGGAGACAGUGAUGUUCCAGGGAUCAGGCCUCGGCAAGACUCCAGAUGGCCAGGGUCUUUCUACUUACCAGGAGCUUUGUUCGCUCGCUAGCGACCUCAACCAGCCGGACUUGGUGUACAAGUUCAUGAAUUUGGCCAAUCACCAUGCAAUGUGGAACUCUCGGAAGGGAGCUGCUUUUGGUUUUAAUGUGAUUGCAACCAAAGCUGGGGAGCAGCUCGCCCCUUUUCUCCCCCAGCUUCUGCCUCGUCUCUAUCGUUACCAGUUUGACCCCAAUCUAGGGAUCCGGCAGGCUAUGACCAGCAUUUGGAAUGCGCUCGUGACAGACAAAUCUGCAGUGGACAAAUAUAUGAAAGAAAUCCUUGAUGAUUUAAUAAGCAACUUGACCAGUAACAUGUGGCGGAUCCGAGAGUCCAGCUGUCUAGCAUUGAAUGAUUUGCUAAGAGGAAGACCCUUGGACGACAUUAUUCAUAAACUUCCAGAAAUAUGGGAAACUCUCUUUAGAGUGCAAGAUGACAUAAAGGAAUCUGUACGGAAGGCAGCAGAGUUAGCCCUGAAAACAUUAAGUAAGGUGUGUGUGAAGAUGUGCGACCCGUCCAAAGGAGCAGCAGGCCAGAGAACAAUAGCUGUCCUGUUGCCAUGCCUGCUUGAUAAAGGAAUGAUGAAUACUGUGACUGAAGUGCGGACUCUCAGCAUUAACACCUUGGUGAAGAUCAGUAAAAGUGCCGGGGCCAUGCUCAAGCCACAUGCACCCAAGCUCAUCCCAGCUUUGUUGGAGUCUCUGAGUGUGCUGGAACCCCAGGUCCUCAAUUACUUGAGUCUUCGUGCUACGGAGCAGGAAAAGGCGGCAAUGGAUAGCGCAAGACUCAGUGCUGCUAAAUCCUCCCCCAUGAUGGAGACUAUCAACAUGUGCUUACAGUAUUUGGAUGUUUCUGUUCUGGGUGAAUUGGUUCCCAGGCUGUGCGAACUGACCAGAAGUGGACUAGGCGUCGGCACCAAGGGCGGUUGUGCUAGUGUGAUUGUAUCACUGACCACUCAGUGUCCUCAAGACUUGACACCGUAUUCAGGCAAGCUCAUGAGCGCUUUGCUCAGUGGCCUAACUGAUCGAAACACCGUGGUGCAAAAAACUUUUGCCUUUGCCAUGGGACAUCUAGUCCGGACCUCACGGGACAGCAGCACUGACAAAUUGCUGCAGAAGCUGAACAGUUGGUACAUGGAGAAAGAAGAACAAGUCUACAAAAUGGCCUGUGCGUUAACCAUCCAUGCCAUUGGGCGCUACAGCCCAGAUGUACUGAAGAAUCAAGCCAGACAUGUCUUGCCCCUGGCCUUCCUGGGCAUGCACGAGGUCCCCGAGGAAGAAAAAGGCGAGAAAGAAGAGGGCAACCUGUGGACUGAAGUCUGGCAGGAAAAUGUGCCUGGUACCUACGGUGGCAUAAGGCUUUAUAUGGAGGAAUUGAUAGCAAUCACCCAGAAAGCUUUGCAGUCCCAGUCUUGGAAGAUGAAAGCUCAAGGAGCAGCCAGCAUGGCGUCCAUUGCAAAGCAAACUGGCUCCCUGGUCCCUCCGCACUUGGGCAUGGUGCUCUCUGCUCUGUUGCAAGGCCUGUCUGGGAGAACGUGGGCAGGGAAGGAGGAGUUACUGAAAGCUACUGCCAGUGUUGUCUGUUCAUGCAGCACGGAGUUGCAGAAGUCUUUACCCAACCAGCCCAGCGUUGACGACAUCCUCCAGGCCUUGCUGAAGGAGUGCCGGAAAGAGAACCUCAGGUACAAGAUUGUGGCUCUCCGGUGCACAGCUGAUGUGCUCAAGGCCACGCAGGAGAAUCGGUUCAAGGAGCUGACAGACAUCAUCUUUCCAAUAAUAAAGAAGAACUGCCCUGAGAACAUGGGGGCCAGUUCGCCACAGAACGACGAUGAAGAUGAGAACGAAAACGAGAAGGAGCUCCAGAUGGAAUCUCUUCUCUGUGCCUUUGAGAGUUUGGGCAAAGCGUGGCCCAGAAACCCAGAAACGCAACGCUGCUAUCAACAAGAGGUGUGCAAACUAAUGUGCGAGCGACUGAAACUCAGUACGUGGAAAGUGCAGCUCGGGGUGCUCCAGGCUAUGAAAGCUUAUUUUCAAGGGUUACUGUUGCUUGAAGCAGAACACUCAGAUCCUGAGGCUUUGAGAAGAAUACUGUUUGAAACUUGUUCCUCUAUCACCCAUUCUCUAGAGAAUAGAAGCUACACCUCCAUAAGAACUGAAGCCUUGUCAGUGAUAGAAGUACUGCUCACAAAACUUGAAGAGUCCAGACAGUGGGGGAGCCUGAACACAGAAAGCAGAGAAGUCCUCAUUGGCUCCUUAACAGCCCUGAUGUUGGACAGCAGGCCAGAGCUACAAGAGAAAGCCACUUUGCUAAAGAAAACCUUAGAAAAACUCGAUUGAAUUGACAGCCAACCAAGUGCCAUGCGAAACGAAACAAGCAAAAGCGAAAGCGCGCAGUGAGCUCUGAAUACAGAGAGGGAACGUAAAGACGACUCUGUAGCAUGCAUCAUUCCUUGGCUAAAAUAAAGAACACCUUGAAUUCUG